AGAUGGCGGCGCCCAGGGGAGUGGAGGCCGCGUUUGGAAUUUGCUGAAGCUGAUUCCCUUUCCUGCUCUUCUUUGGGCGCCAGGCGCCACGAGCAGGAGGACGGGGGCCGGGCGGGGACAGGGGCACCUGCGUGGCUGGACGGCGAGCCCUCGCCCAGCUGGCGCCGCCCCCACCCGGCCCCGGCCCCGGCCCCGGCGGCGUCGCGUCUCACUCGUGCCCGUUCUCCUCCAGGUCUGACCCCUUACCUGGCCGCCGUACGCCACACGAGGCCUCCAGGGCUGAGUUCUCUCCUCCAGCUCGGGCUCGCCUUCACGUUAGAGAUGUCCAGCCUCUGCCCUCCUGACCAGCCCGCUUUCAAAACCAGGACUCCUGGAGCGGCGCCUGGCCCCUUUUGCCUCUCCUGAGACUCCACUUCAGCCCACGCCUUCCUUAGAUCUUGGUGCCCCCUGGGUUAGAGACUGUUCACUUUCCUUCAGGGACUCCUUGACAGCGCCCUCAACUCGGGAGCCAGCCUUCUCUUUUGGACUAACCUCCAUACCCUUGUCAUGGAGGCUGUGUACGUGGUAGCGAAUGGGGUGGGCCUGGUGCUGGACGUGCUGACCUUGGUGUUGGAUCUCAACUUCCUGCUGGUGUCCUCCCUCCUGGCUUCCUUGGCCUGGCUCCUGGCAUUCAUCUACAACCUGCCGCACACAGUGCUGACCAGUCUUCUGCACUUGGGCCGUGGUGUUCUGCUUUCACUGCUGGCCUUGAUUGAAGCUUUGGUAAGGUUCGCCUUUGGAGGCUUGCAGGCUCUGUGUACCCUGCUCUGUAGCUGCUACUCCGGCCUGGAGAGCCUAAAGCUCCUGGGGCACUUGGCCUCCCAUGGGGCGCUGCGGAGCCGCGAGCUCUUGCACCGGGGUGUCCUCAAUGUGGUCUCCUGUGGGCAUGCUUUGUUGCGCCAGGCCUGUGACGUCUGUGCCAUUGCCAUGAGCCUCGUGGCCUAUGUGAUCAACAGUCUGGUCAACAUCUUCCUCAUUGGCACGCAGAACCUCUUCUCCCUGGUGCUGGCCCUGUGGGAUGUCGUGAUGGGGCCUGUUUGGAGGAUGACGGACAUUGUGGCUGCCUUCUUAGCCCACAUUUCCAGCAGUGCUGUGGCCAUGGCCAUCCUUCUUUGGACCCCCUGCCAGCUAGCGUUGGAGCUGCUGGCCUCAGCUGCCCGCCUCCUGUCCAGCUUUGUGCUUGUCAAUCUCACUGGUCUAGCUUUGCUGGCUUGUGUGCUGGCAGUGACUGUGACCAUGUUGCAUCCAGACCUCACACUAAGGCUGGCCACCCGAGCGCUCAGUCAGCUCCAUGCUCGGCCGUCCUACCACCGGCUCCGAGAGGAUGUCGUUCGGCUGUCUCGCCUAGCCCUGGGAUUGGAAGCUUGGCGCCGAGUCUGGAGUCGAAGCCUACAGCUGGCAAGCUGGCCGAAUCGAGGUGGGGCACCUGGGGCUCCCCAAGGUGGCCCUAGGAGGGUGUUCCCAGCCAGGAUCCCAGGACAUGACCCACUUCCUGAAGGAGCCCCCAGGUUAGUGGCCGAGGAGGAGGCAGUCAGGAACAUUAGAGCAACUCCUGCCCGGGGCCGGGAGAGGCUGAACGAGGAGGAGGAGGCCACAGCUGGGCAAGACCCGUGGAAGUUGCUGAAGGAGCAAGAGGAGCGGAAGAAGUGUGUCAUCUGCCAGGACCAGAGCAAGACUGUGCUGCUCCUGCCAUGCCGACACCUGUGCCUGUGUCAGGCCUGCACUGAAAUCCUCAUGCGCCACCCUAUCUACCACCGCAACUGCCCACUCUGCCGCCGGGGUAUCCUUCAGACUCUCAAUGUCUACCUCUGAAGACGCCCUCUCUGCCUGUCACCCUCCGUGCUCCAUGAAGGCACCUGCGCUAGGACUAGCCUCGGCACUUCACCUCUGUCCUGAAUCCCUUCCUGUCUCCCUGGCUGCCUUGCCAAGCCUCAAGCCAUACAUCCGGAACUUGGUUGUACAUGGGACAGUCUGGAAGACUGCGUCUAGCUGGGGCAGGUUAAUAUAAUUCUCUGUCCAGGGGGGAAUUGUGUAAUGCCGAGGGUGGUGAGUAUGUCACUAUGCAAGGGCUCUGAUGCUGUUGGCUGUGCUCUGUGGCCGACCCAGGGUACACCUAGAUGCCAGCCUCAGGGGUCAGCCCCUCUCUGCCUCUGAUUUUUCUGUUGGGGAUUUGUAGGUUCUUUCCCCGCCUCCUUCCUGCUCCUGCCCACUGCCCCAGCCUUUGCAGCCACAACACAUCAGUGUCAUUUGGGUAUUUUGACAACUCAAGGGCCUUGGAAUGAUCUUGAACCUGCGUUCAGCCAGAACCUCUCGGCCUUUCUAGGUAUGAGGGUAGAAUCUCUCAGGUGCCCUAAGAGCCACUUCUGCCUGUCAUGAUCUUAGGAGGCUCCCUCCUGAUCUGAUCAAAAAGCUGGACUCAGGCAUUUAGCCGUGGUGGAUGUGGGGGACAUUUUUGCCUGGCUUUGGGACCAUAUAUCUUGGGGCACCCAAGCUCUAUGGAGAGCCUCAGGAAAGCCAACCAGAUUUCUACUCAUUCCGCUUUCACUCCCCACAUCACAUAAGACAGUGGCAUUCCUUUUGUCUCUCCUUCACAUUGGGGAAGGCAGACUGCAUAUUUUAUAGGGUCCAGGUAGAAGGAGCCAGGGUCUAGGGGCACGUAGCUCCUUGAGGGGCUGCCCAGUUUCUGGUAAAUAAAGUUAGGUUGACAG